CUCAUUUCAUAAAAAAAGCAGCCGAAUCAUUAUGAGUCAUCAACACGAAGGAUUGCAAUCGCUGCUGGACAAUGAUCUUUACAAGCUGACGAUGCAGUAUGCUGUGCUUCAGCACUACAAAGAUGCUCAAGUAGUGUACCAAUUCACCAAUCGAGAGAAAGAACUGCACUUGAACGCUGAAGCCGUUGAAUGGCUGGAACAAAAGAUCCACGAAAUGGCCAAUCUUCAGCUCACAAAAGACGAAGCCAAGUAUAUCCAGUCGCUUCCAUUUUUCGACGAUUCUUACGUCAAGUACUUGUCAGAAUUUCGUUACCAGCCUUCAAAAAAUGUGACGAUCCAGUUUGACAAGGACACUGAAGAUUUGCAAAUCCAGGUGCGAGGUGCUUGGCAUGAAACCAUUUUGUACGAAGUGCCUUUGCUCGCACUGAUCUCUGAAGCGUACUUCCGUUACGUCGACCGCGAUUGGAACUACGACGGUCAGGUGGACCAAGCCUCAGGCAAGGCAAGAGCGUUGCUGGAAGCAGGAUGCGCCGUGUCUGAAUUUGGCACACGUCGUCGCCGAGAUUUUAAAACGCAUGAUAUGGUUUUUGGCGCCAUUUAUAACACUUACCAACAAUAUAAGUCCGACUGUGAAAAAGCCAAACAACAACCCAAGGGUGUUGUCUCUGGUACCAGCAAUGUCUAUCUUGCCAUGAAAUACGGUGUUACGCCUAUUGGUACUGUUGCGCAUGAAUUUUUCAUGGCGGUGUCUGCUUUGGAGGGUGUACAAGGAGCGAACCGUAAGACGUUGGAAAAAUGGACACAGACAUACCAUGGAGCGCUCGGCAUUGCAUUGACCGAUACGUUCACUACGGAUGUGUUUUUGCGCGAUUUCCGUGGCGAGCUUGCCAAAACAUAUGCUGGUGUUCGUCAGGAUUCCGGUGACCCAAUGACCUUUAUUCCCCUGAUGGUCAACCACUACAAGUCGUUGGGCAUUGAUCCCAGCACGAAAACGAUUGUCUUUUCCGACGCUUUAACCGUGGAGAAAGCAAUCCAUCUGCUUCACAGCUGCGAGGAAUACGGUAUCAAGGCCAGUUUCGGUAUCGGCACGUACUUUACCAACGAUUUCCACAAAGCCAGCGAUCCGUCGGUGAAGAGCAAACCGUUGAACAUUGUUAUCAAAAUGCACGAAUGCAAAGGACAACGGGUGAUCAAGCUUAGUGAUGAUGCUCUGAAGCACAGCGCCGACAUGGCCACCGUCAACAAAUUCAAGAAAGAACUUGGCAUCUAAGUUUAAUACUUUAAUUCAAAAAUCCAUGCUUCCUGUACAAGUAAUUAUUGAAUACAUGAUCUACAUUAAGUUAUCAGGACCUGUUAAACCGUUUUUUUUAUCUUCCAACCAUGCCUCGCUGCCCACUUUACGAUAAUAGGCGAAACAAUCAGCAGCAAGAUGCCGUUUGCGCCAGUUGUGGUCAAACGGAGCAUCGUCGUCUUUCAAAUAAAAAUGUGAGUAGAGCUCUUUUUGAAAAAAGGUGGUUGAUGAUACGACUGGCGU